AUGGACGCAAUCGAAAUCAAAAUCAAAGGUACCGAAACAGAUAAAGACGUUGAUGAAAGUGCAAAUGGAGAAGAAAUUACUUAUGUGGCCAUUAGCCCAGAUGGUUCGAUAGUAGCAAAGUUUAAUCCAUUUGUAAUGAAGUCUCAAAAAAAAAUUUUUAAAUCCUAUCCCCUUGUUUUGCUGUGCGUGUCCCCAAAUGAAGAGACAAACACAUUCUUUGAUAGAAAAUGUUUUCAUGAUGGCGAUGAACCGCUUGGAUGGUCUUUAGCAGUUUCGGACAUAAUUGACAAUGACACUGGUUUAGUUGCAAUUUCCUAUAUAAUUGACGAAGACAUGAAUCUAAAAGGAAUUGAGCAAGUCAAUAAAUUUCAAAUUUUAUUAGAUAUAACAAAACAAUUAUUACAAAAUUUUGUCAAAUUAUUAAUUCCUUAUUGUCUUAUCAUUUUCUUCCUCAUUUUUAUUGUUUUUUUGUCCCUUCCAAUCUUUUUGAGUGUAUUCUUACUCUGCCUUUUUGUUUUACUCAAUUUAUAUUAUUUCUUUCGUCUCUGUGCGUCUUACUAUGCUACAAGUGAAGAUGAUAUUGAACAAUUUCGAUUAUCCUUGAUUCCUAGCAAGGGAACGAUAAAGCUUAUUAAAUUUUCAUUUAAAAAUAAUUCUCAUUAUGAUGACAAUGAUAACAAUAAAUCAACAUAUCAUCGUGGUGGUGGAGUCGUUAGCUUUUUAAAAAAUUCUAAAAAUUCAUCGAAGAAUAGUGCAACACUUAUCUGCAUGAAUUGUACAAAAAUACGAAAGAUUAAUAUUAAAAUAACGUACGAAAACAUUUCUGCAUCAGAAGGAGGUGCUUAUCUAUUACCUGAAAAUUUAUUCAAUGAACUAGAAAAUAUCAAGGAUGGAAGUUGUAAAUUGAAAUAUCUUUUGAAAUCUAGAUGGCAGGAAUUUUUAAUUAUUAAAACAAAGGAUUAUCAGGAUUAUCAACACAAACAAUGUAUUGGAUUAUAUAAUAUUAAUACUUUACAACUAGUGAAUAUUUUUUCAGUUUGUUCAGUUUGUUCAAUGAGUAAAAAUGAACUUGGGAUUUUUGCGAUAUCAACUGGUUCGAAAUCAACUGGUUCGAUAUCAACUGAUUCAAGAUUAUUUGCUUAUUCUUAUGGAGAUAAUACUAUUACAAUUUAUUUAAUGGAAAGUGGACUCGAGGUUGUUCAGAAAAGGUUUAAUGAUAUUAAUAAAAUUAAAUUCUUAGAAUUCAAUAAAGAAGAUAAAGAAUUAAUUAUCAUUGAAGAUAAAAAUGGGGACAUGAAAUUUCAUAUUUGGGUGUUAUCGGGAUGCCUAAAUGAUCAUUUAGUUAUUGAACAUAAUACUUCUAUUCUAUCGAAUUAUGAUUAUGAUCAUUGUUUAGCAAAAGCAAAUGGGGUGGUAGUUUUUAUUGAUAAUGAAAAUAAUAUUGAAAGUUUACAUAAUAGUAGUAGCAGUAUAAUAAAAUCAGUGGAAUCUGAUUUAAAGGAUUUCGACGAAGACUUCUCAAAAACUUUUGAAAGAUUUAGAGAUUUGUGUUUCAGGAUAGAUUACGAAGAUAAACCUGAAUUUGAUAAAGACAUGGCUACAAACAUAAAAAUUGCAUGUAGAUUUCUUGCUUAUCUAUAUGACGAUAAUGAUGGUAUUGAUCGAGGGAAAAGUAUUGAUUCUAAUCAUCAAGAGCUUGUCAAUGAAACAAUAAAAUUCAUCAAAAGUUUCAUUAAAUAUUUUCCUAAUCAUUGGAAACUUAUGGAGCACAAUAAAGAAGAUGGUUAUUUACAUAGACCUCAAAAUAAAUAUGUUACUUAUCCAUAUUAUGAUUUAGAUUUGAAAUUGAGGGAUGAGGAUUUAAAAUCAGCUAAUGAUUUAGAAUUAACUUUAAAAUGUCGUCAAGGUCGAGAUGCUGUUAUGCUAGCAUAUCUAUUAGAAUAUUAUUCUAGAAAUUUUAUGGAAUGCAGUCAUAUUGGCUGGAUGAUUAAUGUCACAAAAAUUCUUCCGAAAUUAUCUGCUGAUUAUAUGGAAUCAUUAUAUUAUUUAUAUUUUAACAAAUCUCAUUUUGGAAAAAUGAAAUAUAAUUUUCCAAUUAGAAGAGAUGAAGAAUUACCCAAUAUUUAUAUUGUUCCUAAUUUUACAACCUAUGGUGAAAAAAUUGAAGGAAAAUUUGGAGGAAAAUUUGGUACAAUUUUGUAUUGGUUGAGGAAAAUAUUACUUCCGCCUGGCUACAAGAAUUUAGAUUAUAAAGGACAUAAAUCAUUUCUUUAUAUUGAAAGUGUAAUUGUUUUCACUCUGAUAUUUGUAAAGUCAUUUAAUGAAGUUAAUGAAAUUAAUAAUGAAAGGAUUGUUAUUUUAUUAGCGGUUACUACUCUAAUACUUUGGAUUGAAAUGCUCCUUUGGCUACGAUUAUUCACAGAAGUGGCAGUAUAUAUAUAUAUUUUUGGAAAUAUUUUAAAAAAGAUUAUACCAUUUUUUGUGUUUAUGAUUAUUUUAACAAUUGGCUUUGGACAUUCAAUGUUUGUCCUUUUUGGACAUCCAUCACUUCUUGAUUUAAAUCCAUCAGCUUCAACUUUCACAUUAGAUAAUGGAACUAAUAAUUUUACUUUAACAGGAGAAAUUCCAGAAAAUCCUUUUAACACAAUAUGGGAUGCUAUACUCUCCGCAUACUAUUGGAAUGCAAUUGAUCUGAGUGGUUAUAAUUAUUGGCCAUUAAAAUUACUUGCUUUCAUAGCAAAUGUUAUUCUAGUUCUUGUUUUAUUAAAUAUGAUUAUUGCAUUGAUGAAUGAUGCAUUUAAUAAAGCAAAAGAAGACGGAAAUCUUGGACUUGUGACAUUUAGAGCAGAACUUAUUGAUGAAUAUGAAAGACUUGAUAAUUCUUUCUUUAGAAAAUUACUACAUAGUAAUUCACCAUAUAUUUGUUUUCAUCAAAAUCAUGAUAUAACGGAAAAAUGGAUAAAGAAAACUAAAAAAAAUUUAAAGACAUAA